AUGGCUACAGGGACAACAGAGGUCACACGGUCACCUGAAACAAGAGAGACAGUUGAAGAGUGCACAGGAAAGAAAAAAUCCAAAUUUCAGACAUUCAAGAACUUCUUUGCCAAGAAGAAAAGGAAAGAGCCUCCACCUCCCAGGGGGGAGAGUAAUUUAAAACCCAGCCAGUCCAGCAGCGAUGUCAGCGUCUCUGUGCUCGACACUCCUCUGCUGCACUCGCCAAAGGAGGCUGGGCCCAAAGGAAGCAUGGGAAACAAAGCCUUGUCCCAUGACAGCGUCUUCAUUUUUGACUCUGCACCAGGAAAAGUGGCAGGUGACAUAUUGUCUCAGGAAAACAUACCUGGAAGAGUGAAAACUUUGCAGCUUCAGCUGCAGCAGAACAUCAGACUCGGAUCACCUCCUCUUGUUAUAACUGGAAAGAAACUGGAAGAUGCGGGUGCUGUUUCUGAAGAUGAUGGUUUACCUAGAAGCCCUCCUGAAAUUUCAACCCUUCAUGAAGUUCUGACAGAUUCACCAAGCAAGUCCUCCAACCCUGUUCAGCGUCAUAGCUCUUUGAGUUUAGGCGGGACAGACAGUGAAGAUGAACAGAUACCUUCUGGAGCUUCCUCCAGGCCCAUCAGCCCUUCCUCCCCUGCCACGCUGGGGGCCCCCAGCUCACGGGGCAGCAGCUUCCUUCCCGUUGACUUCACCACCCCUGCCAGUCCCCUGGGCUGCCUGGACACCUCAGCAGCCAGGCACAGGAUUGCCAUAAACCCCCGGAAGCAGAAGGGCUUCACCAGCAAGAACCAGCAACCCCCCCAGGUGGAACAGCUGGAAAGUGAAGCAUGUCUUCCUGCAACUCCAGAAAAGAAGGAAAAUUCAACAGAACUACUUGAGAGUGACCGGCAUAAAAGUGAUUGGGAAGGAUUAUUGGCCCAGGAGGGAUAUUGUGCAAAGCAAGGUGGUUCUAAGGAGGUGCCAGGUGUAAAAAGUGCCAGUGAUGCUGCCCACAACUCUUGUGAUUCCACACUUUUAGCAGAAGACUCUUGUGCUUUGCUAAAACAGGAUGCGUGCCUUCCAGCCACAGACCAUCACUUUACAGCAGCUGCAUCCCUCCUGAGACCUGAGGCUUCUCCAGUGAACCUGGAGGAAGACCACAGUGCGAAAGGGUCGUACUGUUCAGAUGAAUCUGCUGAUGAAUGGAAAUUACAUCAACAAACUGCCAAUCCUGAAGUACCUGCACUUUCAAAAUUGCAACAAAUUGAAGGAGAAGCUGUUGUGUUUCCAGAUAUACUGGCAGCUGACUCGUUUAGCAAUAGUUUGGAAACAGAGGGCAUAGAUAUAUUGGCAGAUGUCACACAGAGGUUCUCAGGAAAUUCUGUGGACCCAAACCUCAAAGACUGGGAAAAGGAGGAUGCACUGUUUGUUGGCAAAGUUGAAGCCUGCUUUGGUACUGCUGAGAAUCAUUCCAACCAUGUGAAGUCAGACACUGCACCAAGUGCUUCACAAGUUGUAGUAGCCAAUUCAGAGUCCUCUUCUGACGUUGAGACAGGGGCUGUUUUGAAGCCUGAAAACAGUUCAAUAAGAAAUGAUGAAGAAACUUGUGAAAGCAUGGAAUCUCAGUCAUCCAAAGGCAACACAGAAAAAAAAAUAGACACUCUUGCAUCUGUCUCAGAAGCAGAUGGCAUGCUACCUCCCAGUAAAUUGGAAAUGUCUUCUGUUUCAAAGGGUGACCAAGGCAGUCAGCAGGCCAACACAUACAUUUCUGAUAAGCUUUCCAUUGGAUGUCUCAUCUCUUCAAGUCUGGCUGGCUUGAAGAGUAAAAUAUCUUCUGAUGAUGACAGUAAGGAGUACCAGAUAAGUGGUACAGCUUCUCACAGAAAGACUGUGGAAGGCAGUCGACCUUCAGCUGACAAUGUAAAAAGCCCACUGAAGACUGCUUCUGCCAAACCAGUCAGAUUCACCAUUGCACCAGCAUGGCAAAGAUCUCUCUCAGGGGGUUCAAAUUCAAAGGAAGAUUCCUAUAACAGAAGUUCCCCAACGUCCCCUAUAAGACCAGAGUGGUUUGAAGGAGUGACAAAAGAACACACACGUUUUGAUGUAGUCAUCCAGGAAUCAGAAAAAAACAACUCGGAUAGAUUUGAUCAAGACUGUAAGGGCAAUGAUUGGCAUUUGAAUUCUUCUGUAGAGUGGGCUAACAAUGAAGCACAAAUUGUUGAAAACCCAUUUGGGGUCAGACUAAGGAGAACAUCUUCUUUACUAAAAUACCAAAAUGAAAGUCGUGCUGAGUCUCCAAAGCUGAUCCCCUCAGUGGUUCCCACUGCUUCUUCUGCUGCAGUCAAGGAGGAUCAGAAAUCAGUGGGCACCAAGAAGCCACCUCCAGGCCUUGCUGGCAGCACAAAAUUAUUUGUUAAAAAACCAGAUCUCCUUGAAGACAAAAUUCCUCCCAAGACAAUAUCAGAAGAAGUGGCAAAGAAGCAAAAUAUUCAUAAACCUCCAGAAAAACUCUCCUCUCCACAUUUGGAAACUGCUUCCUCUGAACCAGCUUGGGUCUCCAUGGCAAAAUUAAAACAAAAAGGUUUCCAGGACCACCCUCUUGCCAAAGAACAUAAAGCUGAAGACAAAGCUUUGACCAAAGUGGAUCAAGAGGAGGUAGAGUACCAUGCUGAACCACCGUGGCUAUCCCUGGCCAAGAAGAAAGCCAAAGCAUGGAGUGAAAUGCCCCAGAUUGUACAAUAG